AUGGCCCUAUUUCUAUCAACUCUUCUCUUUGGAGCCCAGCUCAUUUUGAGCGCAUCGUCUCACUCAAUCCCCAAUAUGCUUCCUCGAUCAGGACAACAUCAGUAUCCAUACCCUGUACUGGGCUCAGACGAAGCUGCAGAUUAUGCAACAACUGGGUAUUUCAUCAAUCAUUUCGCCAUCUCUACCAGAAAUCUCACUGCCAGCCUUGACUUCUACUCUAGAGUCCUUGGCUUCCGCAAAAUGUUCACCUUGUACGUCAGCAAGACAUACUCCAUCACCUACCUAGCCCAUGCCCACGGUGGCAAGAACGGAACAGGAUAUCAAACCGCUCUGGAGUUGAAUCGUGAGAAAAAUAAUGCUCAAGGUCUUCUCGAGAUUUACUACCUCGAUAUUCCUACCAAUAAUAUUAAGUCUAGCUCUCAGCAUCCCAACACCUUUACUCAUAUUGGACUUGUUGUACCCGACGCCCAGAAGACACAAGAGCGUCUGGAGACGAUGCCUGAUCUAAAGAUUGUCAAGAAAUAUGGAGAGAAGUUUACCCAGCUCACUGAUGAUCUUGUGAUCGGCCCGGCUGUUGGACUGCCGCCUGCUAUUGUUGCAUAG